AACGGCAGUGGUGGGUGAGGGCUCCCCCUGCCCUGCUCUAUUUGCCUGGAACCCACCUGCCCUGUCCUUAAGCAAAACAGAAUUGCGACUUUGGCUCAUUUGCCCACAUGGCCCACGAGUCCUACACCUCCUCUUUUUCCUCAGGUGAAACCUUUCUGGCAUGGAGUGGGAACAGGCUGUGGAUGAAGUGAGGGAAGAGGAGGGCUGUCGGGAGGGCGCGAAAAAAGCAGACCAAAAAAGCGGGACAAGAGGCACAGGGUUGGUGACCCGCCAAUGAAAGGACCAACCACUCAGGAGGGAGAGGGAGAAGCGCGAGGAAGGCGGCCAGAUCCGGGAGGAGAGAGAGCAGGGGACACGCGCGAAGGCCGAACUCCCAGCAGCCAGACCCCAGAUCGGAACUCGGGAGACCGGGAGGAGGGGGUCCGUGCGCCCGGGUCCCGGGGGACGCGAGCAGUCGGAGGACAGAUCCCGGGUCUGGUGUGGCCCUGCCCGCAGCCGGCUGGGAUGGGCGAGGCGAGCCGGGUGUGCUCGGGCUACUACAGCCUCAACCACAGCUUCGUGGAGCCCUUCCAGUGUCCCCGGCGCGGCGAGGCGGCCACCCUCCUCUACUGCUGCGGCUUCGCAGACCUCAAGUACUGCUGCAGCGAGCCGGGCAGCUACUUUCCCUACAAGCACAGCUACAUGUGGAGCCUCAGCAUUGGUGCCCUGACUGGAUUGGGAAUUGCUGCCCUUGUUUUACUGGCCUUUGUCAUCAGCGUCUGUGUCCUUUGUUAUUUAUUUCUGUAUACAAAGCCUCAACCAUUAGACACUGGCCUGAAACUUCAACACCUAGAGGCUUCGUCUGCUCAAGAAGGGAGUUCAAAUAGGAAAAUCAAAGCCCCCCAAUUCAAAUGCAACAUCAAUUCAAUAAAUGAAACAACCUAUGAAGCUGAUGAUAUAAUCAGAAAAAGCAAUGGAUACAACACAAAUUAACACGGU